AUGAGCAACGGAAAGGCAGACAUGUCGGCUGUGAAGGAGACGGCAGACAUCCUCGAGCGCAUAUCCCAGCGUGACGGCACAGAAGGCGUUGUUAUCGUUGGCGACAAGGGGAUGGUGAUGCAUUCCACGAUGGAAGGCUCCCUCAAGAGCGCAGAGAACUGGGUACAGAUGACCAGGACGGCCAAGCACGUCGUGCGCGAAGUCGACCCAACGAACGACUUGAGUGUGCUCCGCAUCCGCACGAAGAAGCGCGAGAUCCUCAUCACGCCUGACGACAAGCACAUGCUGAUGGUGUUCCAAACGACGGAUCGCAAGUAA